AUGGCUGCCGAGAAGCCGCUCCACAUCCCCGGCAACCGUCGUAUCGCGGCCGGCCUGUUGGCCAACCUGCUGUCGUCCAUCUGCAUCGUGUUCCUCAACAAGUGGAUCUACGUGCGUUACGGCUUCCCCAACAUGACCCUGACCCUGGUCCACUUCGCCGUCACUUGGCUGGGGCUGUACGUGUGCCAGAAGAUGGACGUUUUCUCGCCCAAACGGCUGCCGCUGCGCCGCAUCGCCUGGUUGGCGCUCAGCUUUUGCGGCUUCGUGGCUUUCACAAACCUGUCGCUGCAGAACAACUCCAUCGGCACGUACCAGCUGGCCAAAGCCAUGACCACGCCGGUCAUCAUCCUCAUCCAGACGGCUUUCUACAAGAAGACCUUCUCUACUAAGAUUCAACUAACCCUGGUGCCAAUCACGUUAGGCGUGAUACUGAAUUCGUACUAUGACGUGCGUUUCAAUGUGCCGGGGACGCUUUUCGCUACCUUGGGUGUUCUGGUGACCUCGCUCUACCAAGUGUGGGUCGGUGCGAAACAACACGAGCUCCAAGUCAACUCCAUGCAGCUCCUGUACUACCAGGCUCCUCUGUCAUCAGGCUUCCUGCUCGUCAUUAUCCCGUUCUUCGAGCCGCUCGCGGGUGACGGAGGAAUAUUUGGACCCUGGUCUAUUCCCGCUCUGUUGACUGUUUUUUUUUCCGGCGCGGUGGCGUUCCUGGUCAACCUGUCCAUCUACUGGAUCAUCGGAAACACGUCGGCUGUUACCUACAACAUGUUUGGCCACUUCAAAUUUUGCCUAACACUGGUGGGAGGGUACGUUCUCUUUCAGGACCCGCUGACACUCAACCAGGCUUUGGGGAUUCUUUGCACCCUGGCGGGAAUCUUGUCAUACACGCACAUCAAGCUGGCCGAAAUCGAGGAGGGAAAGAGUCGGCUGGCUCAGAGACCUUAA